CGACACGACACUACAGCAGGCUCUCUGUCCCGUCCUCCCUUCCCCCGCCUGGCCGUGUCCAGUCCAGCCUCCUCUGGUCACUCCUCUUCUCCCAGGCGGCCAGGCCUCAGCUGGGCCCGGCCCGCUCCUCAGCUGAGCUCCCUGGAAAUCCAACUUGACCUCCAAGAUGGAGCGAGGGGAUGAAGCAUGUGUGCUGGACCUUCGGUGCUCUGAGGACAGGGAUAUCCCGCAAGGAGCUCAUUCAGGCUGAGGCGUUGAAGGAGAAACAGAAGAUGGCAGCCUUACAUACAUCACCAGAGUCCCCGACCUCCCAGCUGGAGAGAAUGGAAGUCAGGCCAGAGUGUGAAGCUGAUCAUGAGGGAAGCUCAGAUCUGGUUGAGGAAAGCUUGGAGGAUAUUGAGGGGAGCCCAGAGCUGAUGGAGGACAGCCCAGAAGAGGUCGAGGGGAGCCCAGAGGAGGAAGAUGAUAGCUCAGAGCUGAUUGAUGGGAGCCCAGAGGCGAUUGAUGGCCUUCCAGAGCCCGUUGGGGGCAGCCCAAGGGCUAUCAUGGGUAGCCCAGAACCUAUUGAUGGCAGCCCAGAACCCAUGAUAGGCAGUCCAGAGCCUAUUGAUGGCAUCCCAGAACCCAUGAUGGGCAGUCUAGAAGCUGUUGAUAUCAUCCCAGAGCCUCAUGUGGGCAGCCCAGAACCUGUUGAUGUCAUCCCAGAGCCCAUAAUGGGCAGUCCAGAAGUGAUUGAAGGCAGCCCAGAGCCCAUUGAAGAUAGUCUGGAGCACAUUAUGGGCAGCCCAGAGGGAAUCGAAGGCAGCCCAGAAACCAUUGAAGGCAGCCCAGAGGUGAUUGAGGGCAGCCCAGAGCCAGAACUACAGGAACCAUUGAACGAUGACUCUAAAAUGGAGUCCCCAGUUCUUCAGGAGAAGGCUUCAUCAGUUUCCUGGGUUCCAGCUAUUCUUAAAAAAGAGAUUCUUGAUGAUGAUGAACCAGUGACUGAUUUCCUAACUACUGAGUCCCAGGGACUGGUGACAUUUGAAGAUGUGGCUGUGUAUUUCUCCUUGGAAGAGUGGGGGAGGCUAAAUGAAUCUCAGAAAGAUCUUUACAGGGAAGUCAUGCAGGAAAACUAUGGGAUUCUGGUGUCCCUGGGUUAUCCAAUUCCUAAACCUGAUGUAAUCUCACGAAUGGAACGUGGAGAAGAAUUGUGGGUCCCAGAAAGUCCUGGUCCAGAGGAAGGUGAUAUUUUAACUGGUGUCUACACAGGUGGUUGGUUCUGGAAUGAGGAGGAGGAGGAUGAAGAUGAGGAGGAAGACGAAGGUCCCCUGGAGACUCCCGAGGAGUCGGAGCCCCCGGGAGUAUGGUCCGCGGCCUAUGGAGUGGGAGAUGUCCCUGGAACCUGGGGCCCCGAUGAUUCUGUCCAGGCCCCGCCCACAGAUUUAUGGGGUGGAGACCCCACCAAUAUAGGGAUGGUCCCCGAAGGACAGGAAAUGAAGCCCAUUCUCCAUGGCGGGGAGGCAGGUGCCCCACUCCUGCCCCCCUGGGCAUUCUCAGCGGUGGUGGAAGCGGCUGGGGGCAGGCCAGAGACAACAUGUGACGUGUGUGGGAAGGUAUUCCCUCAUCGGUCGGGACUGGCCAAGCACCGUCGCUACCACGCAGCUGUGAAGCCUUUCGGUUGUGAGGAGUGUGGGAAGGGCUUCGUUUAUCGCUCCCACCUGGCCAUCCACCAGCGCACACAUACAGGAGAGAAGCCAUUCCCCUGCCCCGACUGUGGCAAGCGCUUUGUCUAUAAGUCGCACCUGGUUACCCACCGGCGGAUCCACACGGGUGAGCGGCCUUACCGCUGCUCCUUCUGCGGAGCUGGUUUUGGCCGCCGCUCUUAUCUGGUGACUCACCAACGCACCCACACGGGGGAGCGGCCUUACCCUUGCCCCCAGUGUGGCCGUAGCUUCAGUCAGAGCUCGGCUCUCGCCCGCCACCAGGCUGUCCACACUGCAGAAAAGCCCCACUGCUGCCCUGACUGUGGACGGGCCUUUAGGCUUCGAGCAGACUUCCAGCGGCAUCGAAGGGGUGGAAAGUGCUCUGAUCUUAGGGAGGAAGUAAGAAGAGAAGAGAGUGAGGGUGCGGAGCUGGGGGGGGAGGGUCUGGAACCUGUAAACGAAACCCCUGUUAUAGAGAGGACCUACCCCGAACUGGGGAAUGGCUUUGGGGAGGGGGAAGGCCCUUCACAUCCCCUUGACUUUCACUUCCCGCUGCCACCCAAAUCUUGGCUUCAUGGAGAGAAUCUCCCAAUGUUAGCCCUUCAGGAUUUUGGAGAAAGGGUAGCCCAUGAGCUGGUGGAUGCUCCACCUCUCCCGGGGCACUUAGGGAGCCAAAUCUCUUUAAUUGAUGGGACAGCAAUGCCUUGUGACCCCUGUGCCAGUGGACUGCUACCUUUUGGCCCUUCGGUGGGGAGCCUCCUCGCGGACCCCCAGCCUUCUUCCAUGUUGGAGGAAGAGACUCCGUGGAUAUGCUCGGACUGCGGAAAGACCUUUGGGCGGCGAGCAGCCCUGGCCAAGCACCAGCGCUACCAUGCCGGGGACCGCCCACACCGCUGUGCGGACUGUGGGAAGAGCUUUGUGUACGGCUCUCACCUGGCCCGGCACCGGCGCACACACACUGGGGAACGCCCUUUCCCCUGCCCCGAGUGUGGGGCCCGCUUUGCUCGGGGCUCCCACUUGGCUGCCCACGUGCGUGGCCACACCGGGGAGAAGCCUUUUGUGUGCGGGGUAUGUGGGGCCGGAUUUAGCCGGAGGGCCCACCUGACAGCCCACGGGCGGGCACACACAGGAGAACGUCCCUAUGCCUGUGGGGAGUGUGGGCGGCGCUUCGGUCAGAGUGCAGCCCUGACUCGGCACCAGUGGGCACAUGCCGAGGAGAAGCCACACCGAUGUCCUGACUGUGGCAAGGGCUUUGGUCACAGUUCAGACUUUAAGAGGCACCGCAGAACCCACACUGGGGAAAAGCCCUUCCGUUGUGCGGACUGUGGCCGCGGUUUUGCCCAGCGUUCCAAUCUGGCCAAGCACCGCAGGGGUCACACGGGUGAGCGGCCUUUCCCAUGCCCGGAGUGUGGGAAGAGGUUCUCCCAGCGCUCUGUGCUGGUCACCCACCAGCGAACCCAUACAGGGGAACGGCCGUACGCCUGCGCCGCUUGUGGCCGGCGUUUUUCCCAGAGCUCUCAUCUCCUCACCCACAUGAAAACUCAUCGUGGGACAACGACCGGGCCAGCAGCAAAAGCAGAAGCGCCAGGGCAGAAGCAAGCGAGUAGGCCCUCCGGGGAGAAAGAGGACAGUAGUAGUAGUAAGACUGUGGCGGAGUUUGGGGGAAGCUCUAGCUUUGUGUCCGAGGAACCUUCUGCCGUAUUCCCUGGUCCCUCUUGCUCUUAUGAGGAGACCCUCAUGUGAGGUGGGUGAGGAGGGAGCUGGGAGGAGGCAUAUCCCGAGAGACCACUUGUCUCUUCCCCCUGGGACUCCCUGUGCACAGGGAUCUGGGUACACGAAAUGCUCCCGUGAGGGCUCCUGCGUGUCACCUGACUUCAUGCUCCCUCCUACUUCUCUCUCCAGACAGUGACUCAGGCAGGAGGGAGUUGGCCUUUGUUGCUUUCCUUGAAGCCCCUGGCACUCCCCCAGCCCUUCACAUUUGUGUUGCCCUCCCGCUCAAGUUUUCUGAAUGGGGCUGGUAUGGAAGAAGUGGCCUGGGGUCAGGGUGGGGUGACAGCUGGGGUUUGGGAAAGAUUGAAGGAGAGAAAAAAUGCAGAAGCGUGAAGGUUGGCAUCACAGUGGUCUGGAAGAUGAUGCCAUUUGGGGCUUAUAUAGAAGAGCAAACCAAUAGUCAUGAAGGGUGGUGUUAUUUAUUUUACUCUGAUGCAGAAUUGGGUGGAAAAACCUUCACGUGGUUUACUUCUCGGUAAGCCUGGGUUUGAGCAAGAGAAGGAGGCUCUUGCUUGGUAGAAUGGGACUAGGUAAGGGGAGCAGGGGCCUCUGUGAAUCAAAGCUUAAGUCUGGGUUGCAGUUGCAGUGGGUGGAGCUGAGUGACUUUUGCCUUCCACGUAUGGAAUUUCCCGUCUUCUCAGCUAACUGUAAAAACUGUUGGGUUAAUUGGUGACUUCAGGUUAUUUCAGCUCAUUUUAGUAUUGACUAGGAAGUGAUGUAAGAACCUGGUAAUUCCUGUUAAUGCCAGCUGGCAUCAGUCUGGCAACUUCAGUCCCUAUUCUAAGGGUUAAACUAAAUAAUUAAGGUCCCUUCCAUCUCUAACAUUCUGUCUUCUAUGUUCUAAAGUCUUUUCCAGUUGUGAUAUUCUAUGUUUUAAGGUCCUGUCCACUUCUGACAUUCUCUGUUUGAUGUUUUAAGGUUCCUUCUAAAUCCAGUGUUGUGUGUUCUAAGGCCCCUUCCAAUGCUAAUAUCCUCUGUCCUGAGGUUUCUUCCAGCUUUGACAUUCUAUGACCUAAGGUACCUCCUAGCCCUGCCAUUUUUCUGUUCUCUGGUUGAUCAGUGGGUAAGAAGGCUUAGAGGAAUUCCAAAGAGGUUGGCUCUAUGCUCCUAGCACAAGAGAAUUGAAAAGAAAUUGAGUAGACUUUUAAUGUUAUUUCUUUGUGAUCAUGCCUAGAAGUUGAAUCAUAGUGCCAGCUGAUAGAAUGUAGUAGUCAAGAAUGUUGAUAUUACUAUCUUCUUUGCUGGAAAUCUGAGUAUUCUGGAGGGGGAGGAUAGAUUAGCUGAAAAUGUUUGUGGGCUGAGAAAGACUGGGUCCUAGAGACUAGGUUUCCACAGCAGGGAAGAGAAAGCACAUUUGAGGCCUUAUGCUUCAGAUUGAAUGCGCCCCACCCCCCUUUUCUAUCCAAUGGCACAGUUUCUCAGCUGCCUGACAUCAGGCUUAAUUAGACAGGCAAGUUUGCCUUGCCAUCAAUGGUAGGUAUGGUAUUUAACAAUAGUAGUUAAGUGGAUUAUAGCUCUAAGCAUCUUCCCAGAAUUCUUGACUUUCUACCUUUGGUCAAGAACUAGAGGCAGAGAAGUAUGUUGCACAAACAGGCCUGUGGAAAGUCACACAUCUAUGUAAACCAUAAGGCUGCUUCUAGUGAAUUCUUUGAGUGGUGUAAAUCACCUCUCUGGAUUUUCCUCUAGUGUAAGUUAAAGUGAAGUGUUCAUUGUUUCCAUGUAAACUCCCGUGGAGGUGAAAAUCAUUGGGAAAUGGCUCUUUUGCUUCCCAGAUCCUCCCUGAAGCUAGAGAUUCUGCACUAGAAUUUUCAGACAAACUGGUUAAAAUGUCUCAUGAAGCUGAUAUGUUCUCUUAGCACCUUUCCUCUGAACUUAACACUUCGUAGAUUUAAGUAUAAUUAAGCACUGCUGUGAGUGAUUGACUGCCUGACUGAAGGAGGUCAUGGAAUCUCUUUCCUAGAGAUCUUUAGGAAUAGGAUAGAUGUACUUGCCUGUAGGUAGGCAGGGGAAUGGGCCAGAUGGCGACCUCUGGAGGUCCUUUCCAGUUCUUUUUCUAUAGUUACUUCCAUUACUAGAGGCGAGUUGUAUUUCUGUUUACAAGUAGUACUUCCAUAGAAAAGUAGCAUUCCUGUUUCAUGGAGCAGGGAAUGGAGACACUAAGAAGUUAAAUAAUUUGCACAGGAUGAUGGUGAAUUAAUGACCAAGUUAGGAUUCAGAACAACCAAUAUUUAUUGAAUGCCUAUUAUGUGCAAAGUACUCUAUAAUCUAAACUGCACAAUUAGUUUAAAGAGCAGCAAAGGGCAUCUUGGAAAGUAAGCAGCAAACCAUUUUGUUUCUUUGCCAGGCUGAACGGUACCAAAAAAUUGCCAUUUUGAAUCCAGUUUCAUUCAUUCAUUACAACUACAAUUCACUUACUGUAAUGUAGGCAUGGCACUGAGGGCCAGGAGGGAGAAAGGCAGGGCUGCUGAGGGUCUCUGGGGGAUUGGGGUUGGGAAGCACAAGUAGUUGGUGGGGUUGGGAGGUAAACCUUAGAAGGGGGGGUGGGGGGCCGGGAAGUAGAAGGGAUGGGUAAAAAGUGAUAUGGGGAUGGGGGUGAAUAGAAGGGGAGGGGACAAAGGGGGUUUGUGAUGAUGCAGAGGGAUUAGCAACGUUUGGGGGAAAUCAUGUAUACUGAUCAGAGUUAUACAGCAUUAUCUUGGCUCUUGGCCCAAUCAUACCUGGGCAGGAAAGAUUAUUGUGCCUGAACUAUGGGCAGUGCCCUGCAUAGCAAUUUCUGCCCUUUCCCUAGGAGGAGCAGGAGCCCCAGAGAUGGGGUGUCAGGGAGGGAAGUGGGUUUGUGUGCUGCAUUCCUGGACAGGUGAAAAGGAGCUGCGGAAACCACAGAAAUUUUCUGUAGCAGUGCCGGGAUCCAAAUGCCAUCCCUUUCCACAUCUGGCAUGUCUCUUCAUGUGCAUGUCUUGUGUUCCCCUUGGCUCCUUUCCUGCCUCCUCUCUCCCCCAAAUGCAUCCAUCCCACACUCACCCUUGUCAGCUGGAGAACAUAGCUUUAAUAAAGAAUGGAGAAAUUAAGCUUGACUUGACUCCCUUGCUGUUGACAACUCUGGGUCCCCAUCUAAGGAAAUUGCCAUGAUGAUUGAGAGGCCUACUUCUUUUUCUUUAUAAAUUUGCCUGGUGCAGUGACAAUUAUUUUACAUUUCGAGGAGGGCAUUUUUGCUAUAUCCUGCAUUAACAUUCAGCUGAGUUUCUAUUUAACUGGAGUCUUUUGGUAAGAAGUGUGAAAUCUGCAGGGAUUACUGCAGUUGAUCCCAGAGCUUCUCUUUUCAGUUGGUGGCUUGUCUAGUUCUCACCCAGGUUUAUGGCAUUAGGCCUACUAGGUGACAGAGCUUGGACUAGAGUGGGGACUAGGUGGGAUGUUAGCUUUUGGCACAUGUUACCACUAAUUAAUGACUCCUAAGGUGAUCCCCUUGACAUACACUGUAAUUGUUAAAUGAAAGAAACUACAUCUCUCUUUUUGCCAUUUACUGAGAUGAACAAUUUGUUCCCAAAGCAAGAUAAUAAUAUUGGACAAAGGCCGUGUCUCACCAAUUUUCUGACUGACUAGUAAGUACCAUACAUACGGAGGUGAUAGUGCUUUGUUCACAGUGCUGCAGUCUUGAGCAGAAUUCACCAGCAGACUGUUAUUUCUCUCCUGUUCAGAGUUCUGAAGAUUUGAUAAGAACAGACAAAAGUAAUGAAUUGUUGGGACCCAUUUGUUCCUGAAGGCACUUCCCAUAAUUUCUUUUGGUCUCCUUUUCCCCAUUGGGACCAAGUUUCAAAAAGUACUCUAAAGUUUACUGAAGGUGGGGAGAAGGCUCAAAAUAAUGAACUGGAUAGUAGUUUUAAAUGUAACCUUUAGGCAUUAUGAAAUGGGGCAGUCCUGCCUUCAAGAUAAGGUUUUGAUGCUUUGGAAUCUAAAAACCUACUUCUAGUCAUAGCCACUAAAUGAGGUAAUAAUUCAGAGUUUCUAUAGUGAAUUUUAAAACCUAAAUUAUUGCCUCGCACAGUAUAAAACUUCCAUAGGAAAAAUAAACUUUUAUUCCAGAACUAUACUUUGAAGGUUGAACAUAAAAGCAAACUGCUUCCCAGUGAAGAAAAGACUUCUGGAGAGCUAAUCAUUUCCAGGUAAUAAUUUACUUUGGUAUGAUAGAAUAAGUAAACAGUAGGAUGUGACAGAAACAUAGGCUUACAGUACUUACAAUACUAAACAUAUUGAGUUUCCCUCUUGUAUUUCCCUUCUCUCUCUAUCUCUGUCUUUUUUGUCUGUCUCUCUCUGUCUCCUCUCCCUUCUUUGUGCUUUAUCCUUUAUCCUAUAUGCUUUUUAUCCUUUCUUGUUUUAUUGUUCUCUCAUCUCCUCCCCCCCAAAUUUUGUUUCCCUUUAAUUAUAAUUCACGAUUUUAUAACACUGUUUUAUAAAGUACUCUUCCUCAUCACAAGUGGAUAGUGUAUUAGUAUUCCUAUUUUAUAGAUGAGGAAUCAGACUCAGACAUGGAGCGACUUGUCUAAAGUCACACAACUAGUAAAUAUGACUUACUCUAGGACUCAGACCUGGAAUGUGGUUUUUUUUUUUUUGGUUGCUCUUUGUUAUUCAUGUUGAAUAAAAUGAUAUGUUUCCAAUUCUCAUUUUUAAAUUGAAGGUUAGUUGAAUAAUGCAUAUUUUUCUCUUGGGGCGACAAAACCUAAAAUUAGUUGCUUUUUAUUUGUAGCCUUCAGUUGAUUUCUGUGGGUCAAAGGCUGUUGUUAGAAAAAACCAUCUCUGGUGCAUAUAUAUGUUCACUUCAUCAGUUUUGUUGUUUUUAAAUAUCCUUUUUUUACCCCCUAGUGUUCUCAUACACAUGCAAUUCACUCCAUCUGUGCCAUCUUCCACUGGCAGAAUAAGUACCUGAGUGAGCACAGAGACCAUAUGGGAGACUCCAUUCUUUGCCAUGAAUGAUUCUGAUACUCCUUGAUUUUUGGUAGAGAAUUGAUAUCAAGAAGUGCUGGCAUUAGGUGGGAGGUGCCUAUUCAGGCUCCCAGGGGCUUUUCUCAGGUGCUUAGUGAUAUUGCCUUGUGGUUCUCAGCAGGAACAACCUUUGUUCUGAGUCUCCCCUCCUCUCCCUUGAUCCUCAUGUGGCCUUUUUCCUUGAUGCCUUUUCCCUCUGCUAUGAAUAUCUUCUUGCUUACCCUUUCCUCUCCUUCCCUUCCUCUUGUCUUGGACCCUAGAUCCCUUCCUGCCUCUUUCCAGCCAUCCAGCUCUUGAUCCUUUUUGUUUGCCUGAUGGGCCUUUCCCCAGCUCUGAGUAUGUUUGUUGGGAGUCUUCUCAAGUCCUGGUUUGCUGCACAAGUGGUUGAGUCCAGCCUACUGUGGAGUUCCAGGGAUUUUAUACAUCUGGAAGGUUUUAGAGCUUGUGGAACAGGAGUUUUCCUUGUUUGCAGUCCACACAGAAGAGGGAUGAGAGGAUGCUAUGGUGUAAUAUAUGCUAGGGAGGACUAACCCACCUGUGAGAUCCUUUCUAAUGUAAAACCUAAUUUCAACAUAAUUACACUGAAGCCAAUGUACAGGUAGGUAUACUUUUAUUUACAUGUGUUCCAGCACAAUUCAACUCUAAUAAAUAUUAUUUACACAUCUA